AUGACUCACGAGUGUCAGAGAUCGACGCGCGCCGUGCCCGAGCAAAUGGACAUCCGAUCGUAUAUCAUGGAGAAGUACGACAAGAGGAUUUUCGCUGGAGACCCAACCACCGUUCAGUACCAUAUGACGCUACUAGCAGUGGAAUAUUCGCAAUUAGCUUUCGAGCUAACAUUUGUUCAAGUUUAUUCUUGGCGAGAUCUCCGACUCGCCUACUUGAAAGGACCAUGGCUCACGCAGUCGGCUAGUACACUGGAAAUCGAGCAUUCUGAUGUUUGGACACCCACGAUCGCGCUACGGCCACGCCGAUCCGUACUGCAACAUCGGAGGAGAACUGUCCUCAACUUCAAGCACUUCGAUAAUGGGACCCUCAAUGUUGUGGAAAGAGUCAAUGCGGGCCUUCUGUGCGAGAGCAAUUACAGAGUUUUCCCUUUCGACUGGCCCCGUUGCAUGCUCGAGAUCACGCUGGACUACAGUCGGGAUGCAGAUCUCGACAGAAAACUGACGAUGAACUUCAACAAACUAGCGCAGUCCUCAGGCUUCAGAGUCCAAGGGGCUCAUUUGUCGUCCGUGGGAUACUCGUCGUGCUCGCAGUCGAGAAACGGGAGCUGCAUCUGCAUCCAGUUCGUGUUCUUCCGGGAGAUCUCCUUCUAUGUUUUCAACGGAUUCUUGCCAUCUGACGUGGCUGUCACCUCGUCUUUCAUGGCAUUCUGGAUAGAUCGGUCGCACAUACCGCCCCAAACUUCAGCCAGGUGUAUCAUCGGCAUGAUGACCCGUCUUGGUUUCCAAGCCAUCUCUUCGAACCUGAGAUCACAGUUACCAGUCCAGCAGGAUUUGAUGGCUCUCAAUGUCUGGGAAGCGGUCUGCAUCAUAUUCAUAUACUUCUCGCUCAUGGAAACUUGCUGCGUUUGCUACCUGGUCCGUACGUCAACCCCGGAGGACACGGUGGACCGCAAGGAAAUCGCGAGGAGAAUCGAAUGGGCGGCACGAGUGGUCAUGCCGACGCUUUUCUUCAUAUUCAACGUGAUCUAUUUCGCGAUUUUCAUAUGGGUCCAAUAUUACGAGGGAGAAAAGCGUGACUAUUGUUUGUGA